AUGACAACUUAUUUGUACCAGGAAUCUUUCGAUGAUGCACCUGAAUCUCCGACUUCACGCGCUGAUCUUAGCGUCUCGAUUCCAAAGAGUUCCUCCUCCCGAUCGCUGACAGACAGCCCUCCGAGUGGAUCGAAUGUAACACCUCAAUUGACGGAAGCACCCCCGCUACCUAUAAGCUCCCAAGAGGACCCGGAACACGUUGAAGAGAGCGAUGCUGCCAGUAUAGACAGAAAAUCCGAAGCAGAGGAUACCCCCCGCAAGACCAAGAAGUCGCCAUUGCUGACCGCGCAUCGUUUGUCGACUACUUCCCUCGACGAGGUGAACCUUACCAGCAAUAAGGAGGAAGAAGAGUCGCUCGAGAACCAACGCUUGAGCCAGGAACUCAAAUCUGGCACACCUCCACCACUUGUAUCUAGAGACUCGAUUUCGUCGCAGAGCUCGCGCCUUCAAGGAUCGACCAAUGGUUUGCCCAAUGGUGCUUCCACGAACAAAGCGGCCGCUCCUGCACCACCCCCACCACCAACCCGUUCGUUCACCAGCCCCUUUGCAUGGCUUUCUCGAAGCUCGUCGUCCAACAAGGAGGCCAAAUCGCCUCCACCACAACCCCGCCGCAACACGGCUGCAUCGAUUUCCACACUCUCCAGCAAUCCUGAGGGUCGACACCACGAUGGAGAAGAUGUGGACGGCACAGGCUCAAGGCGGCCUCGACGAAGUAGCCUGAAGGAUCAAUUCAAACAGCUCAGAUUGCGUGACGAAGGUCUUGUAUCGGAGAACGACGAAGCGAGUGUCACGUCAGGACGGGCCAGUAUUAGUCACUCUGCAGGAAGCCCUCCGAGCAUCCCGGAAGAAGGCGACAGCUACACGAGCAUCACUCCAUCCGCAGCUUCUCCCUCCAAUGGCACGUCGACUGUGAAUCCAAAUCUGCCUCCGGGUACAGUUGCAGGCUUCUCCGCCUCAGCGACAGAUGCGUCUGCACCGGUAGACUGGGAGCUCUGGCAGCAAUUAGUCAAUCGUGGUCCACAAGCGCUGAAAGGGGCGAAUUCGGAGGAGCUCAAUGCCGCCAUCAAACGAGGAAUCCCGCAAACUAUUCGAGGGGUGAUUUGGCAAGUCCUGGCUGACAGCCGUAACCCCGAGCUGGAAGAGGUGUACCGAGAACUCGUUGCUCGUGGUACAGACAAGGAGAAGCAGCGAUCCGGCAAUGGCUCAGUCAGUGGACUAGGUGAAAAAGACUCUGCAAGGUCGUCAUCUCGUUCUUCGGUUCGCUCAGAGCGAUCUGCUUCUCUGGCACACUCGGUCAAUGGCUCCUCGAGCCCUUCGCAUGAACUCGAUUCCGAACGGCUGGCCAAGGAACAAGCAAAGAAAGCGAAGGAGGAUGCAUUGGCGCUGCAAAAAUUGGAAAAGACAAUCCGACGCGAUCUAGGCGCUCGCACGAGUUAUUCGCGCUAUUUUGUUUCGCAAGGGAAUCAAGAGGCAUUGUUUGGGCUGUGUAAGGCGUAUGCCCUCUACGAUGAGGGCGUGGGAUAUGCCCAGGGAAUGAACUUCAUUGUCAUGCCCUUGCUUUUCAAUAUGGACGAGGCGGAGGCAUUCACACUUCUGGUCAAGCUCAUGAAUCAGUAUGGUCUGCGGGAGAUGUUUAUUCAGGAGAUGCCUGGUCUUCACCGCUGCUUGUAUCUCUUCGAGCGUCUGCUGGAGGACUUUGAGCCGGCCCUCUACUGUCACCUCCGGCGACGCGGUGUACCUCCCCAGCUGUACGCAACACAGUGGUUUCUCACACUGUUUGCUUAUAGGUUCCCUCUACAACUAGUCCUUCGUGUUUACGAUCUCAUAUUCGAUGAAGGCCUUGAGAAUGCUAUUCUCAAGUUUGCUCUCGCCAUCAUGCGCCGAAAUGCAGACGCGCUUUUGGAGAUGAAGGACAUGGCACCUUUGACCACGUUCUUGAAAGAGCGUUUGUUCGACGUUUACAUCGACAGGCAACCGACUCCCUCCUCGAUCCUGGAGUCCGGCUUCUUUGGCAGCUCGGGCGCUGCCGACAAGGAAGUCUAUCGCGCGGAUAUAAUGGUGCAGGACGCUUGCGCUAUACCCCUAGAACCAGAGACGGUCAGUGCGUACACAGCUGAGUGGGAGGACAAGGUACGGACGGAAAAGGAGCGCGAGGCCGAGCUCGAGAACCUGAAGCACACUGUGGCCGUGCAAAGUGCCCGAAUACGCCAGUUGGAGGAGCAGAACGAGGCUUCUGACAAAGAGCAUGUCCAGCUCGCGUCAGAACUGGUUCACAUCAAGGUCGAAAACGAAGAGCUGACAGACAUCAAUGAUGCAUUGAAAAUGCAAGUCAAAGAGCUCAAGAUUGUAGUGGACAAGCAGCCAGCAGAGGUGGAGGAGAAGCUGCGCACAGAGAUGGACCGCAUCAUGCAACGCAACCUUGAGGUUCAAAAUGAAAACCGGUCGAUGGUCGAGCAGAUGGCAGAGAUGGAGAAGGAGCUGGUAGAGGCCAAGAUGAAAUGGGCCGAGAUUCAUGAAAACCAUGAAAAUCUCAAACAGAAAUGGAGUGACCUCCGCAAGGCUCUCGACUAA